AACACAGAUUAUAAAUUAAAAUUAUAAUUAUAAUAAAAACCCCUCUUUUCCUACACAACCACCGAUCGCUGCGGUAACGCCACCAACCACCACCACCUCGUGAUUCCAACUCACAUCAGUAAGUCUCAUCUUUCAUCCUUCACAUAUACAUACAUACAACAAUUUAUGUAUCUACGCAUAUGCAAUCACGCUUUAUAGGUUUUGCUUUCAACUUAUCAACUGUAAUUUGUUACACCUAUGGGCCGUAAGAAGCGUAACGUCGCUACUCGCUCCAAGGCCGCGACGCCGUUGUUAUCCGCCGCUAACAACGGCGGCGAUGAGGUUGAUGUUAGUGUAACCACUACGGAACAUCUUAUGAGCAACGAUUCGUCGAUUGUACUAGAUGUAGAACAAGUUAACCUAGAAAAUAACCUAGAGAAUAACGUAGAGAAUGAAGUUUCGUUAGCGAUUGAGUCAGCGAUUGGAUCGGAAGGUUACGCUAGUGUGAAAGUUGAGUGUGAGAAGGCGUUGAAUGCGUUGCGAAGAGGAAACCACACGAAAGCGCUUAGGUUAAUGAAGGAGAUGUGUGUGAGGCAUGAGAGUAAUACGGCUUACUUGUCGUUGAUUUGUAGAGUGCAAGGUACGGUGUGUGUUAAGGUUGCGUCGAUUAUUGAUGAUCCGAAUGCGAAACAGCGGCAUUUGAGGAAUGCAGUUGAGUCGGCUAAGAAGGCGGUGACAUUCUCGCCGAAUUCGGUUGAGUUUGCUCAUUUUUACGCGAAUUUGCUUUGUGAGACGGCGGUUGAUGGGAAGGAUUAUGAGGAUUCGGUGAGGGAGUGUGAGCGUGCGUUGAUGAUUAAGAAUCCGAUUGAUCCUGGGAGGGAAAGUUUGCAAGAUGAGAGCCAGCAGAAAAUCGCUGCGCCGGAUGCGAGGAUUGAGCAUGUGCAGAAUGAGCUUCGGGCUUUGCUUCAGAGGGCGAGUCUUGGUACUAUUUCGAGCUGGAUGCGGAAUUUAGGAAACGGGGAGGAUAAGUUCAGGAUUAUUCCUAUCCGGAGGGUUCCCGAUGACCCAAUGGAUGUAAGAGCGGUUCAAGCCCGAAGGCCGAACGACAUCAAGAAAGCAAGUAAGACAGAUGAGGAAAGAAAGAAAGAGAUCGAAGUAAAAGUGGCUGCAGCAAGGUUAUUGCAGCAGAAGCUAGAGUCUUCCCAGUCCCAAACUGAAGGAGAUAAGAUUCCGGAAUCUUCUCCCGGGCCGAGCCAGCGAACAGGUGACCGAAGAAAAAGUGGCAAAAUGAAAAAGAGCGCAUCUACAUCCGAAAGAAAAGACAGUGUUCUCCAUUAUUGGAAGUCCAUGAGUACAGAUUUAAAGAAAGACCUGUAUAAGAUAACGAUAUCAGAUGUUAAAUCCCAUUUUAAAUCACAAAAAGAUGGAUUCGCAUAUGAAGUCAUUACCGAAGCGUUGGAUUUUGCUGUGGGUAAUAACGGUUGGAGGUUCUGGAUGUGCUGUAGAUGCGGUGAGAAAUUUGCGGAUCCCGAUUCGCACAAGCAGCAUGUAUUACAGGAGCACAUGGAUAGCUUAUCGCCAAAGUUGCAGGCAGUGUUGCCUCCAAAUGUCGAUAGCGAGUGGACCGAAAUGCUUCUGACGUUUCCGUGGAGAGCAUUGGAUGCCAACACUGCGGUUAGAAUGAUUGAACUGCAAUCAAAUUCUCCGGUUUCUAACUCUGAGUUAGCUAAUGGCCGUUAUAGUAACGGUUAUGGCUAUUAUGAGGAUGCAUGGGACUUGUCAUUUGGAGACAAGAAGUAUGCUAAGAUUGCUGACUGUGUCUCAAUGGAAUGUGAUCAGAGUGAAGGUUGCAAGGCGUAUUUCAACCCUGACAGCUGGCCGUUAUCGAAUGACAUUGAGCGAACAGAGCUACUUGAAAAGAUAAAAACUUUAUUCCAGUUACUUAUUAAACAUAAAUGUCUUGCAGCUAGUCAUCUUACAAAAGUUAUACAGUUUGCAGUCGAGGAGUUGCAUCCUCAGCUUCUAAACUGCAGUGUGGAACAGUCACCUAUCUGUAUAUGUUUUCUUGGAGCAACAGAGCUUACGAAAGUGCUUAUGUUCUUGCAAGAAUUAUCUCGUUCAUGUGGGGUCGGUAGGUAUUCAGAGAAAAGUAAUGCUAUAGAAGAGUUAACCAACGUCACGAAAGUCAACGAAAUAUCUGAAAAAAUAGCAUUUGAUAAAGAUGGGUCUAGUCUCUUGUUGGAUGCAAACACUUUCCAAGAUAACGAUGAUGAUUCUCUGUUGUCGUGGAUAUUUUCGGGCCCCACAAGUCAAGAACAGUUGACCUUCUGGUCUAAAACUAGAGAUGAGAAGAUGCAUAAAGGGAUGGAGCUUUUAGAGAUGAUCGGUAAAGAAUUUUCGCAUUUGCAGAGCUUAUGCGAUAGAAAGUUGGAGCAUGUAAGUUACGAGGAAGCUUUGCAGCUAGUUGAAGAUCUUUGCGUAGAAGAAGGUAAGAAAAGAGAGAACACUACGGAAUUUGUUCGGCAAAGUUACGAGUCUGUUUUGAGGAAACGGAGAGACGAAAUUACAAAACAUGAUGACGAUGUUACAUGUGUUAAUAGGUUUGAGGUGGAAGCCUUGACCAAUGUUCUAAAAGAAGUAGACUCUUUCAAUGUUAAUCAAUACAGGUUUGAAGAUACAUACGGUGUUGUGAAUGUGAAUUCUCAUGCAUGUGACUUAGAAUCCGGUGAAGAAGACUGGAGGGUGAAUGACUAUCUCCAACAGUUAGAUACUUGCAUAGAAAUUGGAAUCCAGAAACAGAAAGAACAGUUAUCUGUUGAGCUUAGCAAAAUUGAUGCACGGAUCAUGCGGAAUCUCUCUGAUAUGCAGCAGUUGGAAGCCAAGUUAGGUCCAUUAUGUGCUCUUGAUUUCGGGCUCGUAGUUGUACCUCUUGUAAAGUCAUAUUUGCGGGCGCACCUAGAGACUUUAGCAGAGAAAGAUGCCACAGAGAAAUCAGAUGCUGCUAGAGAAGCUUUUUUGGCUGAACUUGCUCUUGAUUCUAAAAAAGCGUCUGGUGAUGUAACAAGGCAUGUUAAUGAUAAACUAAAGGACAAAAGAAAGAACAAGGAAUACAGAAAAACAAAGGAUUUCAAGGCUGCAAGCAGUGGUGAAUUACAUGUUUUACCCAAUGAGAAUUUAGAAAUGACUUCCUCAGCUACAAAUGUGAUAGAUGAACAGCCAAAUGAAAGUGUGGCUGAAGUUGGUGUUUUCCAUCAGCAGGAAGAUGAAGCAAGGCGCAGAAAGAUUGAGCUUGAAGCUGAGGAAAGGAAGCUUGAAGAAACAUUAAAAUAUCAAAGAAGAAUUGAGGAUGAAGCUAAACAAAGACAUCUUGCAGAACAACAUAAAAAUAGCUCUAGAACGACACCAAUACCAAUGACCAUGGAGCCCGUGAAGCAAAGCAAUGGACUUUUGAGCCCUCCGGAAGAUGGACUCUCAGAGAGGACUGGAAGAAGAAGUAGGCGCCAAAAAAAUACAACCAAGGUAAUUGAUGGAAGACAGCAACCCGUGUCAGCUGGAAAGGAAACUACUGAAUUUGGGCAAAAUACAUACAGCGACCAUAUACAAGCAGAUUCUUCUACUUCAGGAGAUAGUGAAUCACGGGUAUUGAUGUUGCAAGCAGAAGAUGAUGACGAGAAAAGGUUCCAAGCUGACCUAUCAAAAGCUGUCCGCCAAAGCCUUGAUGCUUUUCAUUCGCACAAGCAAUAUUCUUCAAUAUCUGGAUCGACGAUGCAUGACGACAUGCUUACAGAAGGGGAAGACUCUUGUAUUACAUCGAUCGAAGUCGAAUUAGACAAUGUAAAGGGAAGUGAUGUUUAUGGCACAGGCUUGAAGAAUGAAGUCGGCGAAUACAACUGUUUUUUAAAUGUUAUUAUACAGUCUUUAUGGCAUUUGAGACGGUUUCGGGAGGAAUUUUUAGGCACGUCUACUCGUGGCCAUCUUCAUGUUGGUGAUCCAUGUGUUACAUGUGCUUUAUAUGAUAUUUUUAUUGCUUUAAACUCUGCUUCCACGGAUACAAGAGUUCAAGCUGUUGCCCCUACGUCUCUUCGGAUUGCUCUUAGCAAUUUAUAUCCAGACAGUAAUUUCUUUCAGGAGGCACAAAUGAAUGAUGCCUCCGAAGUAUUGGGAGUGAUAUUUGAUUGCUUACAUCAAUCAUUUACCUCUGGAACUAGCGUUUCUGAUGCCGAACGUAUGGAAAACGGUACAAUGGGCUCUUGGGAGUGUAUAAACAAAGCUUGUACAGCACAUUCUCUUUUUGGAAUGGACAUUUUUGAACGGAUGAAUUGUUAUAAUUGCGAGUUGGAAACUAGGAGUCUCAAAUACACGUCUUUCUUUCAUCAAAUCAAUGCCAAUGCCCUUCGAACCAUGAAGGUCAUGUGUCCGGAUGGUUCUUUUGAUGAGUUGUUGAAUCUCGUUGAGAUGAAUCACCAAUUAGCUUGUGAUCCUGAAGAUGGUGGUUGUGGGAAGCUUAAUUACAUUCAUCACAUUCUUUCUAAUCCACCUCAUGUUUUCACAACAGUCCUUGGUUGGCAAAACACAUGUGAAAGUGUUGAAGACAUAAAAGCGACAUUGGCAGCACUAUCUACUGAAAUAGAUUUAAGUGUACUUUAUCGUGGACUUGAUCCAAAUAACACACGCCGUCUGGUUUCAGUGGUAUGCUAUUACGGACAACAUUAUCAUUGCUUUGCAUACAACCAUGUUCAUCAGCGAUGGAUGAUGUAUGAUGACAAAACAGUGAAGGUGGUUGGAAGAUGGGAAGAUGUAGUUUCAAUGUGUGAAAAGGGGCAUUUGCAACCUCAGGUUCUUUUUUAUGAAGCUGUAAAUUAGCGGUUUUGUUGUGGUUUGGCUCAGAAGUUAUGUUGUUCCGGGAACUUGUAUUAUAAAGAAAUUUUGUAGAAGAGUUGACCUUCUGAGAAGUUUUUACGCAUAUGAUUAAGACGGUUGAUGGUGCAGUCAGCAAAAGUCAAAGUAUCAACGUCUUCACCACUCGUAUUAUUAUCUGCUUCAGUAUUAUUGUAAAGUCGUUCUUCAGACUCGUUAUUUUGGGUUAUAUUUGCCCAAGAAAGCAUUUUUGGUCGAGUAAAUCAGAAACCGGAAAAAUGGGGUUUUACUAUUGAGAAAGGUUUGUAUAGAUCAGUGACCCGGUUGCUAAUGGGUCAUGGGCGGAUCUUGGUUCUACUACUUCAGCCUUCGGUUGUGUACUUGGGUCUGACCAUUGUGAUAUUUUACUUGAACCAAUGGAAUUGGUGGACAACAAUGAGGUAAAAAGAGCCCUCGUGCUCAAUUUUGUACUGCAAAAGUCGACUUAAAUAUUCAAACGUGUUAUAUUGGUAACUGAUAUCGUAUAGAUGUUUCAGGGUGCUCUAGACAUAAUUACUUGCUUUGGUUUCAGAUUUCCUUUUGUUA